AAUACGGAGCAGCCAGCAGUGGCCGCAAUACAACAACUGGGACUGAAGAGUGUGGUGUUACUGACAACAGCAGCAAGACCUAGCACCAAACGAAGCUGACAGGAUGUCUGACGCUCCUUGCACGUGUAACCUGGGCGACUCUUGUAACUGCGGAAACAAUUGUAAAUGUAAAGACUGCAAGUGUGUAUCCUGCAAGAAGAGCUGCUGUGCGUGUUGUCCCGCCGGCUGCAGCAAAUGUGCACAGGGUUGUGUCUGCAAGGGAGCCAGUGACAAAUGUAGCUGCUGUCAGUGAAAACUGUCAUCGUGGAGUUUUUUUUUCCUCAUUUUUAUUAUGUGAACGACUUGUUUUUAAUCCUUUUUGUGUGACUUAAUCAUAUGUAAAGGGAUAAUUGCUAAGUUUUUUUACUUUCCUUUGUUUUAUGUUACGUGGCAUCUGAGUAAUAAAUUCUGUUUACAAAACAA